CGUACUGUUAGGAUUACGGUGUCGUCUCUUCCAGGUGGGUCCUGAUCGUGGGCAGGUUGUAAGCGAGAAGUGAGGAAAUCGUGCUCGAAGCAAGGAUCUCGGGAUGGUAGGAUGCAUCACUAUACUAGCGAGCCAAGAUGACGAGUUCAUGCGAAGUUUUCACUCUUCUCCAUUCGCGAAGUCACCAUAUUCCUCAGGAUACUGCUGUGGACGCCGUGUCCCCCUUCUAUUACCGAUUGCCGGCGGGAAAUAGGGGGAAAAGUCAUUUGCGAAUGUUGAGGAAAAUAUAACGGUUCUCUCUAUAUAAGGAUGACUCUCGUGCAGUUUCUCAUGACUGUCUCGUUCGAAUCGGCAGACCAGACAGCCUCAAGUUCCUCCAGUCGUUCUAAAUUCGCAAUCCAAGGCAUGUAUUCGCAACUCACUCGCACAUUUUCCGCCGUGCUAGCCCUCCUUCCCCUGAGUGUGUCAGCAACACUCCCUUUCGGCCACUAUGGUCCCGAGGGCGCAGUCCUAUUCCUAAAUGGAUUCCAUUUCGUUUCGGGACAUAGUGACUGGGAGAUCUCUGCCAAUCAUUACUGCGUCAUAAUUGCUAGCGACACUUUGCAAUGUGCUAUAUACAACACGAACACGACGCCCGCACGCUUAGCCGGGAUCGAAUACAUCAUUACUAAGGAGGCAUUCGAGACGUUGGACUAUGAAGAGCGCCAACUAUGGCAUAGUCAUGUCUACGAAAUCACCAGCGGAUUCCUCAUCGAGCCAAACUUGCCAGACUCCGUGGACCAUACCAUAAUGAAAGACGUUUUGGUUGGAACUUACGGGAAGACAUUCCACACUUGGCGUUACGACCAGCAGAAUUCUUCGUACCCCAUCGGCAUCCCAGAGCUCGUGAUGGGCUACACGGGAGACGACCAGAUUACCCCUGACUUCGUGACCAAGAGAGACGAGCUUUUCGGGGUAAACACUACAGAGAUUAAGGAAUCCCGCAGCGAUAUCUCAGGGCCCUCGAUCGCCGCUGGAGCGGACAGCUGGAAGUAUGGCUUCGUCCUCUCUUUGGAAUUGGUCAACAAAACUUCAAACACGAGCUUUCCUCCCGCUGCCGCUGCCGCUGCCGAAAAGCAGGUUGUUCUAACACACAAAGACGCCUAAGUUACUCAUUCUAGCAAAAAGUAUUCUGAUUU